UCCUUCGCAGAUCAGUGCCCUGUGCCAGGAAAAAACACGCAGUUUUCACGGGUUGGAAAAUUAUUUGCAAAAAUUGGCGGAAAAACGGGCUCGGUUGUGCGUGAAAAGUGGUCCAGUUUGCGGGGGAGAAACUUCCGCACGGAACGAGAGUGUUUUUGUGCUGAUUUUGGGUGGAUUUGGUGCGGUUUAGAGUGAAAUAAGUGAGGGCGCAAAUUUGCCGGAACGCUUUUCCAAGUUUUUUUUUUUGGUGGUCUGCUAAGGGGAAAAGAAGAAAAAGAUCGCUGAUAGCUUAAGAAGUGAGGAAGAGAGAGCACGGAAGAGGACAUCCUACCUGUGUGUUUUUGGAGGAAGGAUUUUUGCUGACGAUGGAAUCGGUGGCCACCGGCGAGAGCAAGCUCUCGCCAUCCGCCGCGGGCAAAAAAAUGAAACAGACACGGUUGCCGUUUCAGGUCCUCACCGGUUCCCCCACGCCAGCGGCCAUCGCCCCGGCCACCGCUUCCCCCACGUCCCUGCGCAGCGAGUCCCGUAAGCGCAAGCCCUCGGUCGAGUCGACGGUGGCGGUGGACGCGCUGCGCGCCGCCAAGAUCGGCCGCACCUCCGAAGCCAAGGAGAACGUCAAGGACGCGGUCGAUGCGGUGAUUCUGCUGGACGAUGAUUCGAUGCCCGGAGUCGGGGCGGAUGACGAGGGGAGUAACAGCCGGGACUUGGUUGAUGUGCGGAAGGACGGGAAGUUGGUCAAGGUGGCGACGCCCAAGGAGGGUGGGAGUGAGAGUGGAGAGGGGAGUUCGGAUCGGAAGAUCCGGAUCAAGCUGCCGAUGGCGUCGAAGAAGCGGAAGAGCGCGGGAGGUAAGGAGGGCUCGGAGAAGAAGAAGAAGGUGGUGAAGGAGAAAAAGAGGGGGAAGAAGGAGGGGAAGGGGAAGGUUGAACCUGCUGCGGAUGCGGAACCGAUUGCGAUCGACGAUAGUGAUUUGUCUGAGGAUGAGAAGGAGGAACCGGAGAAGGCGAAGGAAGCCGAUGAGCAACCGGUGGUUGAGGAAAAAGCUAAGGAAACUUCUAAAAAAGUAGAGGAAGUUGUGGAGGAACCAUUAAAAGAUCAAGAAAACGUCAAGAACGACGAAUCUAAGACAGAAGAUAAGGAAGCGGUUGAGGAAACUCCAGCAAAAACUGAAGAGAAAGUCGAAGAAAUGCCGUCGGAGACGGCCAAAUCAGAGGUGACACCUCGCCGAGGAAGGCCUCGUCAAUCGCGAGCUUCCAAAGAGGAAAGCGAAAAGAAGAAAUCGCCCAAGCCGAGACGAUCUUCCGUGAAGGCGGCAAAGACGACGAAGCAACAGGAAACAUCAGAGGAAGUAAAGGCGGCUGUCGAGGAAGUCGCUGAAUCGAAAGCUGAACCAACGAAGACAGUUGAGGAAGACGUUUCAACUGAAGAAGUAAAGGAGAAAGAACCGGCAAAGACUUCGGACGUCGAAUCAAGCGACAAAUCGAAGGAACAACCAGAAGAACCUUCCAAGACAUCAGAAGUCGAGGCAAAGCCGGAAAAGGAGACUAAAGUAGUCAAGGAAGCCAAGACUCCAAGCGUCACCGACAGCAACGGCAAGCGCACGCGGUACUCUCGAGCAGCUUCUGCGAAGAAGCCAGAAGGUGCGGAAGAGACACCGAACAAGGAGACAACACCAGAGGACAAGAAACCGCCCUCCGCCAAAGGCGCCCUGGACAAGUUCUUCGCCAAGGUGCAGAACGGACCCGAGGACAAGCCCAAGAUCGUCGUGACGGUAGAGCCGUCGGAAGAACCGAUGGAGGUGGAUUCUGCAGAGUCCCGCAACAACACCAUCGCCAGCAUCUGCCUGAACGACUCGGACGACGGAGAAAACACGGCGGACGCCGAGGAGAACGCGUACAUGCUGUGCACGCCCAACUCCAAGGACCGGACGGCGCUGUCCGGCGCCGCGGACAACCGGAAGCUUACGCCCAAGCAGAUGGCCCGCAAGAUGGAGGCGGAGAAGCGGCUGGCGCUGAAGCAGCAGGAGCUGGAAGAUCGCAAGCGCAAGAAGGAGGAGGAACGCGAAGCGAAGCAGAAGGAGCGCGAAGAGCAGGAACGGCUGCGCAAAAAGGAGAAGGAAGACAAGGAGGAACAGAAGCGAAAGGAGCGCGAGGAAAAGGAAGAGCAAAAGCGGAAGGAGCGCGAAGAAAAGGAGGAGCAGAAGCGCAAGGAGAAGGAGGAAAAAGACGAACAAAAGCGCAAGGAACGAGAGGAAAAGGAAAAGAAACGUCAAGCGGAGCUGGACGCCAAGAACGAAGAGAAGCGCAAAAAGGACGAGCAAAAGGAGGAGGAACGUCGCAAAAAGGAAGAGGAAAAGGAAGCGGAAGAAAAGCGCAAGCAGAAAACCGCUCAAGCCUUCCAGAGCUUCUUCGUGAAGAAAGCCGGCGGCGGCUCGAAGCACUCGGACGACGAGAACUCCAUGGAGUCCUCCGGCGAAGAUCAUCAGUUCCUGCCACCUCAGCAGCAAGCGUUCAUGCCGUUCUGCGUCAAGGGGGACAUGCGGCUGGCGCCGACCUGCCGAGUAACCCUCCCGAAAGACCGCAAGCUAAAGCUGGAAGACCUGCUCCGGAAGUCCAGCGACGAGCAGGGCAAGCAAGCCGUCGUGGUCGAACGCAGCGAACUCUACCUGGGUCAGCUAAAAUCCGCCCAGUACCAAGCCGGAACAAUGGACCGAACGUGGAUCGCGGAAGAGGAGGACGCGGACGGAGCGGAGGAUGACGUCAUGAUUGUCGACGACGACGUGUGCCACCAGAUUGAGGAGGACCGGACGGCGGUGCCGAGCAAGCGGUAUCGCGCCAAGUACUUUUUGUUUGAGGAGAACCGGCGGCCGCCGUACCGGGGUACGUGGCGGAAGAAGAGCGCCAACAUUCGGCCGCGGAAACCGUUUGCGCAGGAUACGAAAUUCUUCGACUACGAGGUCGACUCGGACGACGAGUGGGAGGAGGAGGAACCGGGCGAGUCGCUGCACGGCAGCGACGACGAAAAGGACGUCGACAAGGAGGAGGAAGACUACGAGGUGGACAACGACUUCUUCGUGCCGCACGGCCAUCUCAGCGACGAGGAGCUGCAGGCGGAGGACGACGUCGCCGACGACAACAGUCCGGAGGCGCAAAAGGCCAAGCUGAAGAUCAUGCAGCAGGAGUUUGCGGCGGAGAUGAAGAAAAAGACGGAAAAGAUCAAACCGCGGCUGAUCGGGUGUUUGUGGGAGAAUGGCGGCAGCGGGAACGAGCGGUCCGAGUGUUCGGCGGUGAUUUGGGAAAUUUUGAAGGCCCGCGCCAUGCUGUUCGACCCGGAGGAACCGAUUUCGUUCACGACCGUGCGCAGCAGCGAACCGGACUCGAACAGUUCGUCGCCGGCGAAGCCGGGUGAAGCGAGCUCGGCGACGGAACGCGUCCCGAAGGCGAAGAUGGUCAAACUGGUUGACGAGGGCGUCCGCGAGUUGAUCAUGAUGAUUCAUGGGUGUGGCCAGAAUCGGAGCUUCCUGGUGAAGGAGUUCCUUGCGUACUGGGGCAAACGGAGGGACGACGGGGAAAAGGUGCCCCAGUUUGCGCCGGACAGCAUUCGGACGAAGAUUUUGGAGAUUUCCAGCUGGCGGCCGUGUCCGGAGGAGGGCCCGAUGCAGAACAAGAUGUGCUGGUACGUGAACAAAGAGGCGCUGGUGCGGUACGAGCUGACGGAUUUGAAGGUGCCCACCGGGUGGGACUACAUCCUGAAGCCGAUCGUGAAGAGCAAAAAGGAGCGCAAGGAGAAGGAUAAGGACGCGGAGGGUGGUGGUGAGGGGGAAGAGGGAGGGGAGGAGAAGAAGACGCCACCGAAGAAGAAGAAGAGCAAGGAGGUGGUUAACGGAGAGGAGAAGGAGAAGAAGGAGAGACAAUCAUCCACGCCCAGUUCCUCGUCCAAAGCGAAACCCGCCGCCGGCGCCGCAAUCACCAAAUUCACCAAGAAGCUCUCCGAGGACGAAAAGCGAAAACAGUUUGCCAAGGAGCGGAAAAAAUCCAUCACCAACGGAGCAGAAGCCACCACCACCCCAAAUCAAAAGCCAAAGGCCAAACCCUCCAGCAGCACCAAGAAGACUCCAACGGCGGCGGCAAGCUCCAGCACAGAUUCCCAGCAGCAGCCGAAGAAGCGCGUCCAGCUGUUGAUGUCGGUUCCGCGGGGGCAGUCGAUUCCGCAGGCCACCAAAAAUAACCUGAUUAGCCAGUUUUUGGCCAAGAAGCCGGCGGAUGCCGGAAGCAGCAGUACCAGCGGCAGCAAUAAGGGUCUGGAGCGGAUGGACGUGGACGAGAUUGUAGUGUUAGACGAUUAAAGCGGGACCAGGGAACACGGACGGAGAGAUCCGGAACAUCUCGGUUUAAUGUGUUUCUUUUUUGUGUCUCGUUGCAUUACAAGUUGUAAGUUAUUAUAAUUUAAGGAUUAUUUUGUUUCCCCCGCUGGAUCGCGUUUAUUUCUUGGUUUUCCUCCAAGUGGCCAACCUUGAAGUUUUUUUUAGGUUUGCCGAUUGAUAGCUUUGCGACAUUUUCCCUAACAAUCGGCGCUUCUUAGCUCAGACAGGCACUGCAUUAUAUACAUAUAUACACAUUUUAGAAACUAGUUCUAUUAGUUCUAACAGUAGCGGUAAGAUUGUUGUCUCUCAUUGUUCAUCCCCCACUCCCAAUUUUGCAAAUAAAAGCUUUCAACCUUAGACAAAAACUACUGGCAAAAAAAGCUAAGUUUGAUUAAAUCUUCCCGCUCACAAUCAAAGUGACCGUUGCAAA